GCGCCCGAAUUAUCGGGAGAGGAGAUGCGCAGGCGUAGGGAGAAGAUUCCGAUGGGGUUGAAGGGGAAGCAGAGUGAUGGUGGCGGGAAAAGGGUUGUUAUUAGCCAUGUGCAGAUUUCAUCCGGGGGUGAUGGUGAAGCGGUACCUACAUCGUCGGCCAGGGUGGCAUCGACGGCGGGGUGGCGGGGCGAUCUUGGGAUGGGCAUGGACAUGGGGGUUAACAAAGAGGCCCGGAUGUCGAAUUUCACACCCUCCUCGGAGAACUACAUCCCCGCUCAAGACGGGAGUUGUGUUGUCCGGAUGGCACUUGGGGAGGUUUCUGUCUUCUGUGGUACUCCUCGUUAGUGUAUCGAUCGCGCUAACCAUCGUUAGACACUCGUGAUUCUCGGGGAAUACGAACUCCACGUGCGAAAAGGCGCAAUCACCAUCUCUGGCGCCAGAUUAACCAGUGAAUCCGGGCAUUGUCAGGUGUUUGCACCGAGCACGCACGCCUUACCAGAGAUCGCCUGUGUGAAGGCCAAGGAGAAAGGGGAGGGUUCUGGUGCAGAGAUUUUGCUCACGCAGACAGACUCUGGGGUACGGGAUUUGGGGAGGACGUGUCCGGUGGCUAAUGGGAUUUGGCCGCCGGCCGGGGGGGACGGUGGGAGGUCUUUUCAGCCGGUACAAGCCUUUAUUGAGAUUGGUUUAUUGGGGGAUCACGGCUGAUGUCCAAGAAGUUGUUUACUACGAGCACGCCUUUACCAGUACUCAGCAUUCCAAAGACGUGGGAAGGGAUACUCGGGGGGAUUGAGAAGACCGCUGAUACCGAAAAUACCGCACCCCCGGUCAUCCUCCUUUCUGGGGGAAAGUCGGUUGGAAAGUCCACCCUCUCUCGGAUCCUCACAAACCAACUCCUCACCGCGAAAACCUACCCCAGAAUCUACUACCUAGACGUCGACCCGGGCCAACCCUCCUUCACACUCCCCAGCUUCCUCUCCCUCCACGUGCUUAAGAGGCCCAUCCUCGGACCCCCCUUCACGAGCCCUCUCCUUCCAAAAGACCUCAUAACAGCCCACCACAUCGGCUACAUCUCCCCUCGCGAAGAUCCAUCGGCAUACAUUCGCGCUAUCCUCGCCCUCCUAUCGGACUACCGUUCCGCGGCACUUACCGACCCCGGCCCACUCCUCAUCAACUCGGCCGGAUGGGUAAAAUCCCUAGGCCUAGAACUCCUCCAGGAGAUUAUCCAGGCCUCGUGCACCACCGACAUCAUCUACAUAACUCCAGCACUGGGCCACUCAAUCCCAAUAACGGACGUCCUCCCCCCAACAAACCCCCCGAGAGUGCAUGUGCUCGAGUCCAGCUCCACCAGUGAGAACGUAAGAUUCACAGCAGCAGACCUACGCACACUACAAACCUCCUCCUUCAUGCAUUACUGCCCGGACACCCUGCGCUGGGUCGUCAAACCCCUCGCUGAAAUGCAGCCCUGGCGCCUCCCCUAUGCUGGCGCUCACCCAGCAAUCGAUGGGGUAUCCAUCCUGCACGAAGACCUCUCCCCCGCGGAACUCCUAACUGCCAUCGACGGCACGCUUGUUGCUAUUGUGGAAGUUGACGAUGAAGAAAGCAUAAGCGGGACUGGAAAAAUCAUCCUAACGCCAGAGGGACUUCCGUACCUACCCAACCCGCCCAUGCCAGAACGUUCCCGUGCGGUGGGGAUGGCGCUGAUUAAGGGCGUUGAUGUAGAAAAGAGGGAGGUAUGGGUUGUUGCUACGCUCAGUUCCGACGCCGCCGAGAGGCUGCGGGGAAAGAGGACUGUGCUCGUGCGUGGGAGGUUGGAGUUGUGUGCCGCUGAGAUGGCUGCCGGGGUUGAGGGGGACGGCGCCGGACAGGGGGUGCCGUGGGUUAGUUUUGGUGGGGGUGGCGCUGGCGAUGGGAAGGGCAGGGGUGUGUGGAAGGCUAGGAGGAAUCUGAUGAGGAGAGGGCAG